UCUAUGCGACAUGUAUCAAUUGCCAGAUAUCGUUUGUUCCGUCUUGUUUUCUGUUGUUCUUGUCUUCAAUAUAUCAGGAAACUCCCUCGUUACGUACAUCAUCACCAAUGAACGAGGAAUAAAAACAUCCACAAACUGUCUGCUGUUAAACUUGGCUGUAKCAGAUCUUUUAUUUGGCGUUUUUCUUGCUCCUGAAUACAUAUUCCUGCCUUUCUUUCGUCAUUCCUUGCCAGAUGGAGUUCUUGGGGAAUGGCUGUGCAAACUACUGUUAACAAGUAACAUCGCUUGGAUGGCGUGCAGAGCUUCUAUUUUCACCAUGAUUUGUUUAUCAGUUGAACGAUACUUUGCUGUUUGUCGUCCUCACACCUUCCGUCAGCGUUUCUCGCCGAAGAUCGUSAAAGURCUYGSUGUGGUGUCCUGGAUAUAUGCUGUUGUUGUAAUGUCACCCAUUUUUGUUCGUACUCACUUGAACAGAGAAUAUUUAUACUGUGUCGUUAACGUUACUACUACGAAAGUUCACUCGGUAUGGGUGUUGCUAGAAAUAACAUGUUCCUUGUCUCUGAUGAUAUUUUUUACUGUGAAAAUAUUMCUUUCCCUCUGGUGCAAGCAGACAGUCGAACCUACAGGAGAGCGAGAGAUCUCCGAGAGAAAGAAGAAAAAGAAAGUCACAUUGUGUGUUCUUGCUGUAGUUGUCACUUUUAUAGUGUGUUGGAUUCCAGCAGCCGCGUUCUAUAYCAUUUAUGGUUUGUCAAACACGCCUUUUGAAGCUGUUGAUAUUGCAACAACAUUGGUUGCGUUUGUUAACGCUGCUCUGGACCCGUAUCUGUUUAGCUUUCAAAGUUCUAGAUUCAAGGAUUUGGUCAAAAAGGUUGUUUGCUGUGGAAAAGUGUAUUGCAUGACAAGGCAACCGAGACAUCUUUAAAGAAGAAACCAAAACAGGAAAAGUCCAUGGGAGUAGUACAGUAUGUGACUGUAAAAACUGACCGUUCAARWAUUCCCAGUCCUUAAUUUCUUACCAUUAACAGACAAAUUUCCAACU